AUGGCACCCAAACAAAAAGAGCCGUGCUACGUGCUCGGCGUGGGCAUGACCAAGUUCAUCAAGCCUCGCGGCAAGGUCGACUACACGGAGCUCGGCUAUGAGGCAGGCAUCAAGGCCAUGUUAGACGCCCAAAUCUCAUACGACGAUGUCGAGCAGGGCGUCGCGUGCUACUGCUACGGCGACUCCACCUGCGGACAGCGCGUCUUCUACCAGUUCGGCAUGACCCAGAUCCCCAUCUACAACGUCAACAACAACUGCUCCACAGGCUCCACGGGUCUGGCCAUGGGCCGCAACAUGAUCUCCGCCGGCGCCGCCGACUGCGUGCUGGUCGUCGGCUUCGAGAAGAUGAUGCCCGGCAGUCUGCAGAGCUUCUUCAACGACCGGGAGUCGCCCCUGGGAACAACCUACGCCAUGAUGGCGACAACGAGGGGCCUGUCCAAGGCGCCCGGGGCCGCGCAGAUGUUUGGCAAUGCCGGGCGCGAGUACAUGGAGAAAUACGGCGCCAAGCCCGAAGACUUCGGCGAGAUCGCGCGCAUCAACCACGCGCACAGCGUCAACAACCCGUACUCGCAGUUCCAAGACGUGUACACGCUGGAGCAGGUCAUGUCGUCAACCAAGAUCCACGACCCGCUCACCAAGCUGCAGUGCUGCCCGACGUCGGACGGCGGCGCGGCGGCCGUGCUCGUAUCACAGGCCUUCCUCGACGCGCGCCCCCACCUGCGCGACCAGGCCGUCCUCAUCGCCGGCCAGUGCAUGGCCACGGACGCGCCCUCGCUCUUCUCCGAGAGCGCCAUCGACCUGGUCGGCCGCGAGAUGACGCAGCGCGCCGCGGGGGUCGCCAUGGCCGAGGCCGGCGUGCGGCCGGACGACUUUGCCGUCUGCGAGCUGCACGACUGCUUCAGCGCCAACGAGAUGUGCCUGCUCGACGCGCUGGGCCUGUCGGAGCCCGGCCGCGCGCACGAGCUUGUUCGUGCUGGGGGGAUCACGUAUGGUGGGAAGGUUGUGGUUAACCCGAGUGGCGGGCUCAUCUCCAAGGGCCACCCGCUCGGCGCGACGGGCAUCGCGCAGUGCGCCGAGCUGGUGUGGCACCUCCGGGGCUGGGCCAACAACAGGGCCGUGCCGCACACCAAGUACGCGCUGCAGCACAACCUGGGGCUGGGCGGUGCGGCCGUGGUGACGGUGUACAGGCGGGCGGAUGGGCAGGAGGCGAAGGUCGUGGACUCGGCUGUCGUUGGGAAGGUGAACAAGCUGGGGUAUAACCCGGCGGUGGAGGCGCGGGGGUUCACGGCCGAGCAGGCGAAGAGGGUGAGGAGUAAGGACAAGACGCAUGAUUUUGCCAUGACGGCAACGCUGCCCAUGAUGAAGGCGGCGCAGGCGAAGGUGUAG